CGUAGAGCUGCUACCUCGCAUUUUCCAAAGUAAACAUCGGAAAAAUCAGCUCUUACCUCCCAGCUGGACCGCGACUGCAUCCACUUUGCUUGCAAGGCGAGGCCUAGUUCCGCAGCGCACCUACAAGUAAACCUCCCCUCUCGCAACCAUGAGAAUACAACAUUUCAAGCCGUUUACAUCUUCUAGAAGCGUGCAGUCGCCAACCGUUCGGGGCCCCUCAGCUACCAUUGCCCGCAACCCGUUUCGCAUCGCACCGCGCGCACCUGAAGGUGCGCCCUCAGCUGCAGCCGCUGACGGGAGCACGGGUUCGGGCGAGGAAAUAGCUCCCGCUGCAGCUGCGGGACCUCCGCCAAGCAGCAGCAACGUCAGCAAUGACGGUCCGGCAAGCAGUGCCGCCGGCAAGCCGCAGCGGCAACCCGCUUGGGUCCCACCCACCUCCAUUCUCAAAAUCAGUCCACAGCUCCUGGAAGCGGGCGGCUUGAACCCCUCCCUGGAGGGCCCCGCCGCCCAGGCCUCCUUCGCCGCCCACCUGGCCUCCCUCUUCGUGCCAGUGCACCUAACACACCCGGGCCUGAGGAUCCUGAACAUCGACCCGCCCGUGCUGCUGGUUCACGACUUCCUGACGUCCCAGCAGUGCGAUGACAUUAUGCAGGCGGCAACAGACAGCGGCCUGAUGCGGCGGUCGGGUGUGGGUGCCGCCUACCCGGCUGCCCGGGGUGACCAGGCAGCGCUCGGGGAGCAGCGCACCAGCAGCACCCUGGCGGCGACUGCGGAGAUUCUCUCCCAGCACCCGCGGCUGUCCGCUGCCCUGGGUGCCAUGCUGGGCGCUGCCCGGGCGCUGCUACGCGGUCCGCUGCCGCCCGAGGGUACCGCCGCCUUCAGCCGACCGAACCAGCCGGGGCAGAUGGCGUUCGAGCUGCCGCAGGUGGCCAGGUACCAGCAAGGCCAGCACUUCCUGAUCCACGAGGACGCUUUCCCGCUCCCGCUGGCGGCCGCCAAGGGCUUCCAGCGCCGGGCCACGCUGCUUACCUACCUCAACGAUUGCAGCCAGGGCGGCGCCACUCGGUUCGACGUGCUGGACAUCGCUGUGCAGCCGGUGAAGGGCUCGGCGCUGCUGUUCUUCCCCUCCUUCGCCAAUGGGGUGCCCGACGCUCGCACCCUGCACACAGCGCAAGACGCCGUCACAGACAAGUGGGUGACGCAGCUUUGGCUCUCCUGCGGCUUGGGGCCGGCAGCAGCAGCAGCAGGGGCAGCGGCCGGCGCCAGGGCAGCAGCGGCAGCAGGGCAACCGGGGCAGCGGCUGCUGCCGGGUUCCAGGGGGCACAAGGGGGAGGCCCGGGGUUCUGCCAAGAGCCGCAAGCGGCGGGGAUAAAGCGGGGCUAUCAUGCGGGGCUGUAAAGCGGGGCUAUCAUGCAAUUCUCACCAGCUGUGUAGAAGUGGGGCUUGAGCAACUGCAGGAGAAACACGGGGAGCGGGGCACGAACGCCUACCGCAUGGGUUGAGGCACAUGCAUGUAGUCCCAAAGGGCUGCACCAUUCGGGUGACAAUCGUGACAUGGACCUCAUGGGUGGCUUUCGCACACGCGUUGUUGCCCAGUGAGAGGUUGGUGACGCUCUGUUGGGGGUUCGCUCCGUGCUGCCUCGCGGGUACAGCUUGCUGCCACAGUAGCCAUAUGACGUGUGAGCGAGCUGCUUGGUGCUGCAGGGCUGUGGGGGAGGAAAUCUUACGAUAAGUGCAGCAACGGAGUCCCAAUCCCAAAUCCCAGGGCUGCAGGGCUGUGGGGGAGAGGGAAGUGGUGCCCCUAUUACAGGAGAUAGCUGUAAGGGCGGGAAGCCCCAUCUCCGUUGAGGAGUCGGGAGCUUGCAUGCUCCUUCCAAAAAAUGUACACCGCUUCAUGCUCACGGCUCACGUGCCGCUACCAAGCUGUUACUCUGGAGGUGUAGCUGUUUUGCUGCUGGAGGUCAGGUACUUGAGUGCAUGCAUGCAUGCUGGGGGUGGUGUUACGACCCGGCAGUUUUAGUUGCUAGGUCACAGCGGCUUUGCUAGACCGUCC